UAAUCGCCAAUCGAAAUGCCCAAGGCAUCAGUUGCAAUGUUGACUAGGAAGUGUGCGAUUCUCUGCAUUCUAUUGCCCUUGCUGGGUGCCAGCUGUGUCCUGGCAUCGGAGUCAUGCUUCUAUUGCCGCGGCAUCAACUGUCAAAGGAGCAGCUAUCAGGUCACAGAGCAGUGUGUCGAUCAGCUCGAUGCAUGUGUGAGUGUGUUUGGGGGCGUGGUUAGGGCGCAGGGCUGUCUGGAACGGCUGGACGACAGCUGGCGAGAGCAAUGCGAGACCAAAGCUCACUCCCGAGUGCAGUGCGAGAUUUGUGUGAGCGAAAAGUGCAAUACUAGGAGCUCCCCUCAGCUCUCCUGUGUGCAGUGUAACGAUACGCAGGAUGAACGCUGUCGAACUGCUCCAGAGCAGCUGGCGGCACAAACCUGUGGCAUAGCUCGCAGCGGACGCAACCUGUGCUACGCGAGCAUCAAGAACCAACACGUCGAGAGAGGUUGUUCACUAACAUUAGCUGAUCAGCUCACUUGCCUGGCCGAUCUCAAUUGCAAGCUAUGCGACCCAGCCGAAAUUUCCCAUUGUAAUACUCAGCUUCUCGAGGAAAUUGAAGAGACGACCUCCACGAGCACAACUGAAUCGAGCUCGACUUCAUCGACUUCCAGUUCCAGUUCCAGUUCCAGUUCCAGUUCUAGUUCCAGUUCCAGUUCCAGUUCCAGUUCAACCUCAACUAGUAGCACUACGACUUCCACUACUACUAGUCCAUCCCCUGAGCCGCCAACUCCAACGCCUCAGCCCGGCAGUGCUCAAAGCUUAUGUACGAAAAAAAUUCCCAUUUUACUAUUGGCUCUGCAGCUGGCUAUGUAUUUUUAUGCCUCCAAUAAAUAAUUUGGCAGAAA